CAAUCACUAUCACGAUCGGAGUUUGCGACUUUUCCCCGCAACUUCGAUUUCCCCACCUCCACAACGUGCGACCUGCCACUAUGGCACCGUCCUUGAUACGUGCGUGCCGCAUCCAGCUCCGCUCGGGUUUUCGGUCCGCUGCCGUGCGCCCUCCGCCGGCGUACGGAUGGGCUGGGAGAGCACGUUUAACCUCCACCUCCACGUCGAGCGCAAGCCGGGGAAGCGGCGUCCCACUCGCACUCGGCCUCGUGCUCAGCGCCGCAGCAACGGGCUUCGUCAUCGGCUCGCUCUUCUCCUCGUCUCCCUCCUCCUCCCCGCGCUCGCCCAGCGGCCCGGCGCACUUCGCCUCUGCGCACCACACGAAACCGGUGUACGGCACGCCCGCGGACUUCCGCGCGGCGAUCGACGAGCUGCUGCACGUGUUUCCGAGCGACGAGCGGAGUGUGGUGUCGCUCGACGAGGACGAUCUGGCCAUCCACGGGAUGUCGACGAACACGUACCACACGGGCUUCUCCCCGAGUGUCGUGGUGUACCCCGAGUCCACGGAGGACGUGGUUGAGAUUGUGAAGGUCGCGAAUAUGUACCGGAUGCCGCUUAUUCCUUACUCGGGGGCGACGGCGCUAGAGGGCCAUUUCAUCGGGCCAUGCGGCACUGCUGAUAUCCGCACGCUGAAGCUCGCGGGCGGGUGCAUCACGGUCGACAUGUCGCAGAUGAACAAGAUUAUUGAGAUUCACGAGGCUGAUGCGGAUGUCGUGUGCCAGCCCGGCGUGGGGUGGAUGGAGUUGAAUGAGACACUCAAAAGCGAGGGCAUACCACUUUUCUUUCCCAUCGACCCGGCGCCGGCCGCUACGAUUGGUGGAAUGGCCAGUACUGGAUGCUCAGGCACAAACGCUGUGCGAUACGGUACGGCAAAAGCGGAAUGGUUUUUGAACCUGACAGUCGUCUUGCCCAACGGCGAGGUGAUCAAGACGCGGCAGCGGUCGAGGAAGAGCUCGGCGGGCUGGGAUACAACCAAGUUGUUCAUUGGCGCAGAAGUGACUCUGAGACUCGCUCCGGUCGUUCCAACCUCGGUUGCGAGUGUGCAGUUCCCGGACGUCAAAGCAGCUGUCGACGCGUCGAUUGAGAUCAUGCGGUCGAGUGUUUCAUCCAACAUCCAGUGCGUCGAGCUGGUGGACGACACAUUCCUGGCCGCCACCAACAAAUAUGGCUCCUCCCGGUUCCAAUACGCCGUCUCCGACGGCCUGUUCCUCAAGUUCCAGGCCUCCUCCAAGUCUGCGAUUCCGGACACGAUCCGCGUCGUGCGCCAGAUCUGCGACAAGCACGGCGGCACGGGCUUCCGCGCGGCCCGCAGCGACGCCGAGGCGGCGGAUAUCUGGCAGGACCGCAAGAACGCGCACCACAUCGGCAUGGCGCUCGUCCCCGGCGCCCGUGGAUGGGCCACGGAUGUCUGUGUGCCAGUGUCGAACCUGCCCGCGCUCGUGCUCGACACGAAACGCGAUCUGGAGGCGCGCGGGCUGCCGUAUACGAUCGUAGGGCAUGUCGGCGACGGGAACUUCCACGCGCAGAUCCUGUUCCGGGAUGAUGCCGAGCGGCGGCAAGUCGAGGAGGCUGUGCAUCAAAUGGUGGAUAGAGCGAUUGAGCUGGAGGGCACUUGUACCGGUGAGCACGGCGUUGGCGUUGGUAAACGCGAGUAUCUGGUCAAGGAGCUCGGGGCUGGGACGGUGGGUCUCAUGAAAGCGGUUAAACGCACUGUCGAUCCGCUCGGCAUCAUGAACCCUGGCAAGCUUUAUCCGGAUGAUGAAGACGAGAAGUAAUUCCAGACAAUACAUCGGUCACGUGAUAUUUAGUUGAACUUUGAAGUUCACUCGCUCAGAGACCAUUCAUCGAGAAAAAUGUUUUCGAUCCUUUCUGGAAUUUACCGCACAUCUCUUUAACCAA